AUGGACCAACGGUCCCCCGAUGCGCUGGCGCUGCUGUGGGGGCGGCUAGCGGUGGCGGCGGCGGGGGGCGCGGGGGGCGCGGGGGCGGCGCGCGCGGUGCUGGCGCAGGCCGUGCACGACACGCGCCACGAGCCCAGCCUCUACCCCAGGAUUAUACUCGAGUAUGGCUGGCUGCUGCGCGAGUCCGGGCACGGCGAGGAGCAGGCGGCGCUGCUGCAGCUGCUGGCGGCGCUGGCGCUGGGCGGCGAGUGUGUUCCCAGCACCCCGCCCGGCGCCGAGGAGCUGCUGGCCAAGGAGGAGGACAAGAUCAACAGCAGUGGCAUGCCGCUAUGGGUGCGGUGGGCGCGCGUGGAGAGAGCCCGCGCCGCCGCGCACUGGGCGCCCGCCUCCCCCGAGGAGGCGGUGCUGGUGGCGGACGCGGCGCGCGGCGGGGCGCGGGGGGCGCUGGCGCCGCUGCUGCUGCCCGUGGUGGCUCGCGAGCCGCGCCUGCUGCUCGCCGUCAACAUGCUCCGGAUGCUGGACAUCCCCGUGCUGCCGUGCGGCGGGGCGGGCAGCGCGCUGCGGGCGCUGGACGGCGCGGGGGCGGCGCGGGGCGCGGCGCGCGGGGGGGCGGGGCUGCUGCUGGCGCUGCUGGCGGCCGCCCCCGCCCCCGCGCCCCCCGCCCCCGGCGCCGCCCGCCGCCUGCUCGCCGCCGCCGCCGACCCGCCGCACUACUUCACCGAUCGAUACGGCUAUCAGAGUUGGAUCCUGUCCGUGUGGCGCGUGAUCCUGGAGGUGUUCCCGCCCCCGCCGGCGCGCGCCCCCGCCGCCCCCGCCCCCGGCGCCGCCCCCGCCCCCGCCCCCGCGCCGCGCCCCCCCGCCGAGCGCGACGCGCUGCUGUGUUGGUGCGCCAAGUUCCUUCACGCACUGCUGCUUGCUCAGGACCCGAGCAGCCCGGACUAUCCCAAGGAAGUGUCGUCGUUGCGGCGCGCGUACCGCUCGCUGCUGCGCGCCGCGCCGCCCGCCGGCCCGCUGCCCUACGCCGAGCUGGCGCGGCUGGACGCGGCGGGGGGCGCGGGGGGCGUGGCGGGGGGCGCGGGGGGUGCCGGGGGGCGCGCCUGGGCCGCCCUGCGCGCCGCCAUCGCGGACGAGGACGUGCCGCACUGCCACGUGCUGUACGUCGCCAGGGUGGUGUGUUCCCUGUGCGGCGCGUGGAGCCGGGCGGGGCGCUGGGCGCUGGCGGCGGGCAUCCUGCGCCGCGCGCCCGCGCCGCACGAGCUGGCCGCGCCCGUGCCCGCUGACCUGGUGCUGCAAGCCACCAACCAGUGCUGGAUGAGCUGCUUCGAGCUGGAGGAGCGGUUCGAGGCCGAGGCCGGGAGGGCGGGAGCGGGGGUGGGGGCGCGGGGGGCGGGGGAGGUCGGGGCGCAGACGGUGGCGGGGGCGCUGCUGCCGGGCGCGGGCGAGUGGGCGGCGGCGCGCGCGGCGCUCGCCUCCCCGAGGCAACUAGACGAGAUGUUCCACGAGCUACAAGCACACAAACACUGGGCCGAGGGCGGGUGGGAGGCGGCGCGCUACCACGAGGAGGCGUGUGCGGCCGUGGCGCGUCUGUGGCGCGGCUCGGGGGGCGCGGGGGCCGGGGCGGGAGGCGCGGGGGUCGCGAGUGUCGCGGGGGGCGGGGGCGCCGCGCGCGCCGCGCUGCUCGCGCCGCUGCACCCGCUCAACUACGAGCUCGCCGCGCUGGGCGGGCAGGCGCCGCUGUGGAGCGUGGCGCCGGGGGCUGGGGCGGGGGCGGGGGGGGCGGCGCGCUGCGCGGUGUGGGCACUGGGCCGCGCGCUGCCCGCCCUGCGCGCCGCCGCACACGACAACUGGGCACCUGCAAGUGCGGAGCGCGUGUCUCGCGUGCUGCGCCGCGCGAUGGCGGGGGGCGCGGGGGGCGCGCUGCUGUGGGCGCUGCGGCUGGAGGCGGCGGCGCGGGGGGCGGGGGCGGUGGGGGCGCGGGGGGCGGGGGUCGUGGCCGGCGCCGUGCAGGCCGAGCCGCUCGCCAAGUGGCUGCUGGUGCGGGGGGCACAGCUGGCGGGAGGCGCGGGGGGCGGCGCGGGGGACGCGGGGGGCGCGGGGGACCUGCACGACCUGUUGCUGCUGCGCGCGCUGCGCCUGCGCACGCUGGUCGACGAGCUGCCGCAGUGACCCCCCACUCCCGCCCCCGCAUGGAAGAGUGACUAGUUAGAUAAAAAGUUAGGAAAAUGUAUAACUUUCGCAAAGUCUAUGUACUUACAGUACUUAGGCGCCUGGUAGCGAAGUUACAUAUUCACGGCUAAAUUGCCGAUGUGUUUUUGCAAUAAAUAAAUAUUUUCUCUUUAUUAUUUAUUUAAAAUAUAGGUAUUUUGUUCCCUAAUGUAGAAGAGAAUAGAAUAUUGCUUUAUUGAACACCACAUAAAUCAGACAAUCAAAAAAACAUAAUUAUAGACUAGAACUAAUGUACAAUAGGCGGCAUUAUCACUGAGAGAGAGAGAGAAACAGAUCGUUCUCUAAUGUACCUAUUUUAUUUAGCGCGAAUUACUCAUGUAUUGUGUUGUGUUCAAGAAUGUUUGUGGAAAGAAGAAGUACAUGAUAAAUCUAAAGAUACAUUAUAAUUUAGUACCUACCUACGUAAUGUAAAGAUAUUUAUAUAAUAAUAUACUUACCUAAUAUAAUUCUAUGACUUAGUUAAGUAAAAUCUGAAUUAGUUAUAAGUUGUUAUUAAUAAGAAAAUAAAGUUUUUUAGUGUUAUCA